AUGCAUCGUACUAGCCCAGUUCCGAUUUUUGUCCAAUCCUCUCAUCAAACCCCUCCUCCCAUCAUUGCCCGGCCACGGCCUCGAUUUUGCAUCCUGCGUCCUGGAGGCUUUUGGACCCCUCUGAUCCCACUUGACGAGUUGCCUUCUUGGAUAGAAGUUUGCAACUGGACCCCGGACAUAUAUAUGGGGAUGUACCCGGCGUCAAUGACCUUCAUACCACGAGAAGGGGAAUAUGACAUUCUCUGUCAUCACUGCUCGCACCGUGUCGACUCACUCCACCAGAGUGUCUCAGAACGAGGACCCUCUUCUGUGGCCGCCAGUCGUGCCGCCUCGGCCAAAGAUUGUGCUGAGCCACACUUCUCGCCAAACGCCUACCACAGUGAUGCUAUUUCCUUGCCGACGGUGCUCCAUCAUAGUUCCACAGAGCGUUUUUUGGAGCAGCCUCCUUUUAAUGCGAUGCUCCAGACUCCUUUUGUUGGCAUGUGUGUGGUCGACAUGAACUCGCCGUAUCCGGAUAUUUCUCAAGACCCUGUUGGGCCAAAACGACGUAUGAGCAUUGAGAACUCAAUUCCUCCUCAAAUCUUUGGUGCAGUCGGCAUUGGCAGCCCUUCUCUGUCCGCUGGCAGCUCGGCGAACUCCCGCAGGCCAGAUACCCCUUGUCCACAUGCACAUGAUCCUGGAUCGUUUGGCAAGCCCAAGCGCGUUGAAUCCUUGCGAAACGAAAGCGUUGUAUCAAUGCAAAGUGGCAGCGUUGCGUCCACUCGAUCUCUCACGGUUGCUGCCAUCGAGCAAAUGAGGAGGAUGCGAAGAAGAAAGCUCUCUCGUGAAAGCAGUUUGCACGCCAGCAUCAGUGUUGCGGAAGCAACGAAUCUCUCUCAAGUCUCAGGCUCAAGGAUUUCAAAGAUUUCGAAAGUCUCGAAGGUUUCGAAGGUUUCAAAGAUUUCCUUUAUCCGUAUUCUCUCGAAGCGUCAUCGAAAGGUUAUACUACGCCGUCGACGCGCGGAAGAAAGGAAAUCCCGCAAAGCCCAGUCGGCUGUCUCAGUAGAGGCGCUGAAGACGAAGCCCGAGCAACCGAAUUCCGCCACCAAGAGACGAGAUCGUCGCGAGCGCAUGAUGCAACGCAGGAAGCAAUCUGACCGGGGCAAGCAACCUUAUCGAAACAUGAUGCGGAUUCCCAAUUGGAGCCCGGGUAUGUGCAAGCACUAA